AUGACGUCCAAUCCACCACCCGUAGCCAGGCCCGCGGUGUCGCGCCCAGCCCGCGGCGCAUUCGCUUCGACGGCCGCAUCGUCUUCCUCCAGCACCACCGCGGCCGGCGGCGUGCGGCGCAAUCUAUUCCAGUCGCAGCUGACCCGGCGCCCGACUCCCACAUCGUCGAACUCGGCCGAGACCACGCGCCUAGAUGUCGACGUGCUGUCCGAAACCUCAGAGAUCGUAAUCCGCGAUAAGAACGGCGAAUUCGAGGUCGGCGACCCGCCCACGCCGCCUGUUGACGACCCGGAGGUUGAGGCACUGGAUGAGGUGUUGGAAAAUGAACGGGAGCGACAAAAACUGGCUGAGGCUGUCAAGCACCACCAGAUCAAUCACGCUCGAGGGCCAGCUCAACCAGAAGAGGUACUCGAAGCUCUACGCGCCAGCAUGAGGGCACAAGUAGCUGCUCUGUCCGAAGACAACUGGAUGUACGAACCAGAGGAGCUACCAGUUGGACAUUGA